AUUUUUUCCUAAAAUAUUGGCAAACAAUAGAUUCAGAGCAUCCAGGUUUAAGGGACUGAAAGUAAGAAGAUAACAUUUGGAAAUGGCUGUUGCAAGACAUUUCUGUCUUCGGUUCUACAAGGACACAGCUUUCAUUUUCAUCAUAUUUUUUUGCAUCGUAUGUGAGACUGCUACUGAACAGAUUCAUUACUCUGUUCCCGAGGAAAUGCCAAAAGGUUCCUUUGUGGGGAAUGUUGCAAAGGAUCUUAGACUGGAUAUAAAGGAUUUCUCACAUUAUGGAGUCAGCUUUGUUUGCAGAGGUAAGAUGGAAUAUUUUGCUUUAAACAAUAAGAAUGGCCAUUUAUACAUAAAGGAAAGACUGGACAGAGAGCAGACCUGUCCCCAGAUACAAAGAUGUCUCUUUAAUUGUGAAGUUAUUAUAGAAGAUGCAAUGAAGAUUUAUACAAUUGAAGUAGAAAUAAUUGAUGUCAAUGACAAUGCUCCAAGCUUCAAAUCAGCCCAACUCCAGAUAAAAAUCAGUGAGACGACUGAACGUGGGACACGAUUCCGUCUGGAAGAUGCCCAGGAUCCAGAUUUAGGGAUGAAUUCUGUCCAGAAUUAUAAGCUGAGUGCAAACAGACACUUUUCUCUGGAUCUGCAAACUAGAUUGGAUAGUGCAAAAUAUGCAGAGAUUGUACUGGAAACAUCACUGGACCGAGAAGAACAAAAUGUGCAUGAUCUUAUUCUCACCGCCUUUGAUGGGGGGGAUCCACCCAAAUCUGGCACAACCCAAAUCCAUAUUAUUGUCCUUGAUGCAAAUGACAAUGCACCCAUUUUUAGCCAACCUGUAUACAAAGUGACCAUUGCAGAAAAUGUGCCCACAGGCUAUACAGUAGUCACAGUAAAAGCCACUGACCUGGAUGAAGGAUUCAACAAAGAAAUAACAUACUCCUUCAGAAAAAUAUCUGACACAGCUUCUCAGAACUUCCAUAUAAACUCAGAGACAGGUGAAAUUAUUCUUGUGGGGAAGCUGGAUUAUGAAGAAUCUACAUUGUAUGAAAUAGAGAUUCAGGCCAUUGAUGGGGGAGGACUAUUUAAUAUAUCAGAAGUUGAGAUUUUUGUAAGUGAUGUUAAUGACAAUGCACCCGAAAUAGCUGUCAGAUCACUUGCCAAUUCAGUUCCUGAGGAUUCUCAAGCAGGAACUGCCAUUGCCUUGAUAAACGUGCAUGAUGACGAUUCAGGAGAGAAUGGGAAAGUCAUAUGCUCUAUUCCUAGUAAUAUCCCUUUCCAAUUAACAAAAGCAAAUGCUAACUAUUACACUAUGGUCAUUGCUAGACCACUGGACAGGGAGCAAGUAGCAGCCUACAACAUCACUAUCUCAGCCUCAGAUCAAGGCAUGCCACCUCUUUCAUCAACCACCGUAAUCCUUCUUCAGGUUUUAGACAAGAAUGACAAUGCUCCAUACUUUAUACAACCGGAAUACACUUUUUACAUUGUAGAGAACAACCAGAGAGGGGACUCCAUAUUUUCUCUGAAAACAAAGGAUCCAGACUGGGGGGAAAAUUCAAAAACAACCUAUUCCAUCAUUGAAAGUCAAAUGUUUGAUUCCUCACUCUCCUCAUACCUUUCCAUUAAUUCAGAAACAGGGGUUGGCUAUGCCUUGAGAACCUUUGAUUAUGAAGAGUUUCGGGAAAUUAAGUUCCUGGUCAAGGCCCAGGACGGAGGCUCUCCACCACUCAGCUCCAACGUCUCGGUGACUCUCUUCAUCCUGGACCAGAAUGACAAUGCUCCCCAAAUCCUGUACCCCUCCCCUCCCACCGACGGCUCCACGGGGAUAGAGCUGGCCCCUCGCUCCUCUGAGCCAGGCUACCUGGUCACUAAGGUGGUGGCCGUGGAUGCAGACUCUGGCCAGAAUGCCUGGCUCUCCUACCAGCUGAUCAAGGCCAUCGAGCCAGGGCUCUUCACUCUGGGGCUCCACACAGGAGAGAUCAGGACGGCCCGAUUCUUCCUGGAGAAAGAUGCCCUCAAGCAAAGCCUGGUGGUUUUAGUGAAGGACAAUGGGCAGCCUCCAAUGUCGGCUUCAGUCACUGUCACUGUGGUCUUGGCAGACAGCAUCCCUGACAUGUUGACUGAUCUGAGCAGUGUCCCAGUAUCUGAAGACCCACAGUCAGAUCUCACCUUCUACUUGGUGACUGCAAUGGCUUUUGUCUCCUGCUUGUUUCUCGCCUUCCUCCUUGUGUUAUUGGCACUCAAACUUCGCAGGUGGAAAAACUCUCAGCUAUGUGAUAAUGGAAGUUUGAAUUUCAGUGGUGCUCCUAUCUCACAGUUUGUGGGGAUUGACGGAGUCCGGGCAUUUCUGCAGUCUUAUUGUCAUGAGGUUUCACUGACGUCAGGCUCUCGGAAAAGUCAGAUUUUUUUUCCAAUCGGAAGCUGUACCAAUACUCUGACAGCACAACAGGCUCCUGAUAAGCCAGAUCCUAUAUUACUCAUAGGUGAUUCUAACACACUUACGGAGGAGGCAGCAAUCCAUCAGGUGAGUACAUGAAUUUUAAUACUUUGG